AUGCUCUGGAAAGCUCAUGACCGGACUGUAAAGUCCUAUCCUGCAUCUCAAGGAGUAUCUAAGCAAGCAGGACCAAACCCAGUUGCCAUCAACAAACAAAGGUGCUCUUUUGCAAAUUGGUGUCUGUUUAUCAUCCCAUGGAAACCAUUGGAACUUGCUUGUGACAUUACUGUUUCUCAUCUAGAAGACAGCAACGACAGCUCCAGCAUCAUGAGAGGUGCCUCUAUCAAGUACAUAUUCCUGGGAGCCGUAAUUGUCAUCAUUAUUGGAGCUCUCGCUGAAGGUGUAUCUGUGAAGAAAGAGAGAAAGAUUAAAGGAAAAUGCCAACCAGGAGACAAAAGCUGUGUGGAAAAUAAAGUGCCACUUAGUAACACAAAGCUGAAGACAUCCAAAUCAAACAUGAUGACAUCUUUCCUAUACGACCUUCCUUUUGACAAUGAACCACUUGCUACUGAUGAGUCUGGCUCAGGCUAUGAAACCGACGUCGGAUCUGGUGGAGAAAGUGAUGUGGAUUCUAUGAUUGAAGAGCCAAAGGAGUCCAGUGAGAAGGCAUAUGAAAAGAAACGGAUGAACAUGAUGAGAUUUAACAAGAAAGGAGUUAAGGAAAAUUUUGAGAUUUAAGGCCACUGUUUUCAGGAUAAACAGAUAACUAUUACAAGUGAUUGCUUCCUAAACACAUCCAUCUAUAUUUUAUAUCAUCUGCCAGAAAUCUUGCCACACUCCACAAAAUGCAAACUACAAUGUGUUAGCUAAGGUUAUAUAUAUAUAUAUAUAUUGUACAUGUGGAAGGGUUUCAGGCUCAUUUCCCUGGCUUUCUGCACACAUGCAUUUCAUGCUGCUCUAUUACAGUUUCUCUUUUGUUCACUCUUAAAGUAGGAAACCACAGGAAAGUUUGUUUCCAUGUCUUUGCAUGAAAACAAUAUUCAAGAGAACAUAUUUAUCUAGUUUAUUUGGAAGAGAGAUCAGCACAAAUAGUUUAACCCUUUCCCCGCAGCACAGAACUUCAGCCCCGGGGACAGUACAUUGCCCAGCAAUGCCUCUUGACUUUAGUAAUACCUGGAAUAUAGGUUUUAUGUUACUGGUGAGCUAUAACAAUGUACAAUCCACUAUAUUGGCUGGGAAAGGGUUAAAUAGCCUUAUACUUGAAAACAAUUAGAUGCUUUAUAUUCUACAAGAAUAUCAAUUACAAUGUUAUUGUUCUUUUUAAAAAGAAUUUAUUCAGUACUGUUUUGUUCUGCUGCCUUUGGUUUAUUGGAAUUUUAUCACUGUAACAGAGAAUAUAAUUAUAUACAGAAUAUUAAUAUGAAGUGCUUUUAAAAUGGCCAGACCCUCUGUCUAUAACAAGAAAUGGGUCAAUAGAAUGAUUCAUGGGCCAUGAAAUAUUGUUACACAGCAGCGGGUAGGAAAGGUAUAUAUACCUUGUAUGUGUCCAACCCUGUCCAGCCCUGUGGCUGAACUCCAACUCCCAGCAUCCUAUAACUAUAUGAACUCCAUUUGUGAUUUCUGUAAAUUAUCAGCAUUAUCUGCUCGCUGUUGGCUUGUGUAAUGUUUAUCUUUCCCUUUCUUGCAGCAUCUUUAUUAAAUGUAAGGUGAUAGUAAA